AGAUCCGGUGUGAAACGCCCGCCCCCAGGCCCCGUGAGCCUUCUUUCAGAACAGACUGCAGGCCGAUGCGCUGAAGUAAAUGCCCAGAUUUUGCAAACCUAGCUUCCUUCGCAGCCGGCGGAAGAACGAUGUCCAAGUUCGUCACUCAUGGCAGCCGUGCAGGCAAUGCCUCCUCCUUCUUUGUGCGUCCAGGACAGAAAGAGGAUACGCUGUUGGGCAGACGGCUAAAACACCACGACAGCCCCUCAGCGGCUAGACGUGCUGUACAUUUACUUGUACAUACAUGUAUUGCUGCAUUGCCACACACAUCUGCAGGUACAUACAAAGCCCUUUCCGCGUCAGGAAGCAGAUCCGAACAGCCGUCCGACAUAUGGCGGACCUCCUCGGGUGCGACCCGGCCGUCUAUCAGGGGACACUGCGCACGAAACGCACUGCCAGUAAUCAGACUCCGUUCGGGCGUCUCGAGAGGGCCGGAUCGCAAUGGCGAUUCGAGAGGGCCGGAUUGCAAUAGCGAUAUUGCGGGGAUUAUUUCUGGUUCGGGAAAUAUUCCUCCCCCCUGGCCCCUGGUCCUCUGCACUCCGCAUGCUGGUCCUCUGGGAUGCCGCCGGCCAGAGACCGGACGGCCGGACUUUUGGGCCGGCUGGCUGGCUGGCCUCGGCAGGAUGGGCCACACAUCCCCAGGUUUAUGGGGUUACAUCGCUGUCGAUCGGAAAAUCCAGUCUCUGAUGUCGAGGUUUCCCCGUGCAAACUCGGCUUUCUGCUAAAAGUCGACAUCGUGAAACAGUCGACUUCUGCGUCGAACUGACUGUUGACCGUGUUCCAAACUGGAGCGCGAUUUAGUUCGCGUCGAGGCACGGCCGACGUCGAGAACAACAGCAUCAGCCGCAGUGGCGGUAACACGUUACAACAUAUUCGUUGCCACCAACAAUGUUUCGUCGAAGCACAGCCCGUGAAGGUAGGCCCGGUUCUUUGCUCUCGUGAUCGGCCGCUUCUUUGCUCUGUUUGACGCGCCACGUGCAGAAAGCAGCCCGAAGAGAAACCCGGAAGGCU